AUGCGGCCACAUCAAGAACGAGGGUCGGCAACCUCGCCACCAACAGUCGAGACUCUUGCUGUCGAAUCCGUCCCGCCAGAUACAGAGCCCAAUUACCCAACAGGCACCAAGUUUUGGUUCACCAUCAUAGCGCUGGGUGUCAUCCUAAUCCUCGGCGGUCUGGAUGCCAACAUCGUUGCUACAGCGGUACCGAGUAUCACCAACCACUUCCACACGCUCGCCGACGUAGGAUGGUACUCAUCUGCAUUCCGACUCUGUACCUGUGCAUUCCAGUUCGGGUUCGCGAAGCUAUAUACACUCUUCUCGAUUAAGGCUAUUUUUUUAAUAAGUAAUAUGAUAUUCCUUGUAGGCUCAGUACUCUGUGCCACGGCUGCUUCGUCGACGAUGUUUAUUGUAGGAAGAGCAGUAACGGGUCUGGGAUUCGCCGGUGAGCUGGCUGGCUGUUUUGCCGUCCUUGUGCACAUUGUUCCGCUGAACCGACGCCCCGUAUUUGCGGGUUUAAUGGCGUGUGUGGAAUCGCUGGCCAUCAUUGCGGCGCCUAUAUUGGGUGGUGCACUGACGCAAUCUCUGGGGUGGAGAUGGUGUUUCUGGAUUAACCUUCCUAUCGGCGCAGUAUCGCUAGUGACCAUGCUUUUCCUUUUCUCGGACCCAAGAACUGUCCAGGAGGACGACCUUACGAUAACCCAAAAGAUUAGAGAGCUCGACCUUGUGAGUAACUGCUUAUUCAUUCCCUCCCUGACAGCCCUGUUCAUUGCGCUAUCGUGGGCGGGGACCAAGUAUCCCUGGUCUGAUGGGAAGGUGAUUGGACUAUUCGUUGUAUUUGGUGUCCUACUCAUUGCCUUUAUUAUCAAUCAAUACCGACGCGGAGAUUCGGCAGCUCUCCCUUUCCGUAUCAUUAAAAGCCGAAAUGUCAUCGCUGGCUUUAUCUUCACAACGUGCACAAAUUCAAUGACAAAUGUCUUGGAGUGGUAUUUACCAACGUACUAUCAAAUCGUUCGAAACCAGACCCCAAGCGAGAGCGGUUACUUGAUGAUUCCCAUCCUUGUGGGAAUGAUGCUCGGGCUCUUUUUGCAGGGUAUCGGUACUACAACCUUCGGCUACUACGCCCCAUUUAUGAUCUUUGGCUCCGUUUGCAUGCCGAUUGCCGCAGGCUUGAUGACAACAUACAAUCCGCACACAUCCCUUGCCCAAAUUAUCCUGUAUUCGGGAUUGGCCGGUUUCGGUGGAGGUAUCGGCUUUCAGGGCUCCCAGGCAGCUGUUCAGACAACGUUAAGUGCCGCAGAUGUCAAUCUUGGGAUCGGGGUCAUCUUGUUCGGGCAGAGUAUGGGCCCGGCGGUGUUUAUAGCCAUUGCGCAGGUUAUAUUCACCAAUCAGUUGUCAUCAAUCUUAGACGGUGUCGUACCGGGGUUGACACCUGCUUAUAUUGCAGAGCGUGGACUUGGUGAUAUUAACAACCUGGUUCCCAUGCAGCGGUGGGAUGAGGUGCUGCGCGGAAUCGAUCAGAGUUUGACUCGGACGUGGUACCUUUGUGUCGCGCUGGGUUGCACGACCAUUGUGGGAAGUCUGUUGAUCGAAUGGCGCUCGGUUAAGGAGAAGCAGUCAUGA